AUGGCAGGUGCAAGCUUUGAGCAGGAGUUUCUGGAUACCCACAAUGCCAACAGGAGAAUGCAUGACACCCCCAAACUGACCCUGAGCAGAGACCUGUGCAACUCUGCUCAGAAAUGGGCUGACCACUUGGUAGCAAUCAACACCAUGCAGCACAGCGACACCAACAAUGGAGAGAACCUCUACUACACAUGGGGCUCUGCCCCCAAUACUCUAACUGGGAAGGAGGCUGUCGACAACUGGUACAGCGAGAUCAAAGACUACAACUUCAGCGAACCUGGAUUCGCCUCAAACACUGCCCAUUUCACCCAGGUGGUGUGGAAGGAGAGUACUGAGGUGGGGGUGGGCCUGGGGAUUAAUGGAGAGACUGUCUUCGUGGUGGGCCAGUACAAGCCAGCAGGAAACAUGAACAUGGAGGGAUACUUUAUGGAUAACGUCCUCCCUGCAGGUAACUGA